CUGAGGAGGACCGUGGACCUGAGCGCAAAAGAAGAGGCAGCAGCAUCAGUAGAAGAAGACGAAGAAGAAGAAGAAGAGUCAUCGGCCGACACUUACUGAUCCCUGAAUCUUGCUGCUCAGGACUACAGUUGUACUUCCCUCUUACCUCACCUGGCCUGACUGACCCACCAGCCCAUCACCAUGAACUACCUUCGCCGGCGCCUGUCAGACAGCAGCUUUGUGGCCAACCUCCCCAAUGGCUACAUGAUGGAUCUGCAGAGGCCGACCCCGCCAGGUUCGUCCACUUCAUCUCCUGCCUCCCCGGCCACAGAGAGGCGGCAGCCCCCGAGUAUCCCGAGUCAGCCUCAAUCCUCGGGCCCGUCCUCUGGCUCAGCCUCUGGUCCGGCCUCGGGCUCAGGGAGCUUCCUCAGCUCCUUCUCCAGCGUGGUGAAGAGUGCACAGAUGGCCCAGAACGUGGCAGCUGCGGCGCAUGCUAAAUCAGCGGCAGCCGCGGCAGCUGAAGGCGCCUCUGCAGGAAGCGUUCAGCCAGCCAAGCCUGUGAUACGCAAGCCUAAGAUCCUGCUGGUGAUUGAUGAUCAGCACACAGACUGGUCGAAGUAUUUCCGAGGGAAAAAGCUGAACGGAGAAUACGAGAUCCGUGUGGAGCAGGCAGAGUUCUCAGAGAUCAACUUGGCUUCCUACGUUAACUCGGGAUGUAUGGUGGACAUGCAGGUCAAUAAAGGUGGCACCAAAGUCAUCAGGUCCUUCAAGCCAGACUUCGUCCUGAUUCGCCAGCAUGCCUACAGCAUGAUUCCCGGUGAGGACUUCAGGAAUCUUGUCAUCGGCCUGCACUUUGGCGGUGUCCCGAGCGUCAACUCUCUCUUCUCCAUCUACAACUUCUGCAGCAAACCUUGGGUGUUUUCUCAGAUGAUUAAGCUCUACCACUCCCUCGGCCCUGAGAAAUUCCCCCUGAAUGAACAAACUUUCUAUCCCAGCCACACACAGAUGCUUACAACCCCAUCCUUCCCCGUGGUAGUCAAGAUGGGCCACGCACACGCUGGCAUGGGAAAGAUUAAAGUCGAAAACCAACAGGACUUCCAGGACAUCACCAGUGUGGUGGCACUGGCGGGGACCUAUGCCACCACCGAGCCCUACGUCCAGUCCAAGUAUGAUAUCCGCAUUCAGAAGAUCGGCAGCAACUACAAGGCUUACAUGAGAACGUCCAUUUCUGGUAACUGGAAGGCCAACACGGGUUCUGCCAUGUUGGAACAGAUUGCAAUGACUGACAGAUAUCGGAUGUGGAUAGACUCCUGCGCUGAGAUGUUUGGCGGCCUAGACAUCUGUGCUGUGAAAGCUGUGCACGGAAAAGACGGCAACGACUAUAUUAUUGAGGUGAUGGACAGUUCAAUGCCUCUGAUUGGUGAGCAUGUGGAGGAGGAUAAACAGCUGAUCACAGAGCUGGUCAUCAGCAAGAUGGCCCAGGUGCUGCUGGGAGUUUCCACACCUCAGCCUUCCUCUGUUAAGACCACACAGCCCAGACGAGGGGGACAUCGGUCUGCUUCUGCCUCUCCAUCUCAGUCGGCUCAGGGGUCACCUCAGAGAGCCCGGUCAGCCACCACGUCUCCCAGCCAGGCCUUUCAGCCCGGUCCCAUCCCUGCCUCCUCUGGACCUGGAGCUCAGAAACAGUCACCGCAGCUGAACAAAUCGCAGUCGCUGACAAACAGCUUUACAGAGACGUUACGAGGAAGCUUGACCGACGACGAGGCCAAAGCUGAGACCAUCCGCUCCCUCCGACAGUCCUUCGCCAGCCUCUUCUCUGACUAAAAGCUUCCCUAGAAACUUCCUCUUCCUGUCGGUCAUCAGGUUUUUUAAAAGAAAUAAGAAUAAUUGCUUAAUCUAUUUGUUAUGGAGUCGCCUCUCUCCUUUCCAUGUUUGUGAAGUAUAACACUGCUGUCCUCAGACAAUGAUGAAUCUAUCACUAGAAAGGCCAGUGGAUUUCUGGAGUCUUACAUGAAGAUGUUGACUAGAGAUGCAAACAUGCUCACAGUUUUAGGUAGCUGUUUCUCUCUGCUGUUCACACCACUUUAACAUUUAUACUGUCAGUCUCCUAGGAGCAUCUCCUUAAGCUCAUGACCUCUAAAAAGGCUGAUGGGGUAUUGUCAUCACCCUACUGGGUGGUGAACACAUGAACUCGAGAACCAUCUGACCUAGGAUGUUCAAAUUCAUACCAUAGGUGCACCUACUAAGUGCACUACUUAGUUCUUUCCAUGCACCCCAUUGAGAUCUACUGAGAUGAGGUAAUUAUGUGUUCUAGGACUCGUGCUUCCAGGGGAUUUGUGCCACCUAAAGAUUUUACUGCCCGGAGGCUGAAGGACGGCACUGGCCGCUAACAUGAUAUUUGUUUACUGAAACCUCUGCAGGUAUUCUGAUGAUAUGUUUAAAUUUAAAACGCAU